AUGCCUGCCUCACUAAGGACAAUCGCCCCGUUCCUGCGGACGGCGCGCCUUUCCCUUCGUCAGAACCAGAGCCCUCUGGUCUCUCUGCAGCGCCAGACGAGGACACCCGUCCUGAACUUUGCCCGCACAUACGCCGUCUACGAGCGGACGAAGCCUCACGUCAAUAUUGGCACAAUUGGUCACGUCGACCACGGAAAGACAACCCUUUCCGCCGCUAUCACCAAGAGACAGGCCGAGAAGGGCUUGGCGAACUUCCUCGACUAUGGCUCCAUUGACAAGGCCCCCGAGGAGCGGAAGCGUGGUAUCACCAUCUCGACUGCCCACAUCGAGUAUUCGACCGAGAACAGGCACUACUCCCACGUCGACUGCCCCGGUCACGCCGAUUACAUCAAGAACAUGAUUACUGGUGCUGCCAGCAUGGACGGCGCCAUCAUCGUCGUGGCCGCCUCGGACGGUCAGAUGCCCCAGACCCGUGAGCACUUGCUGCUGGCCCGGCAAGUCGGCGUCCAGCGCAUCGUCGUCUUCGUCAACAAGGUCGACGCCCUCGAGGACCCGGAGAUGCUGGAGCUCGUCGAGAUGGAGAUGCGCGAGCUUCUUUCUUCCUACGGCUUCGACGGUGACAACACGCCCGUCGUCCUUGGCUCUGCCCUCUGCGCCCUCGAAGGCAAGCGCCCUGAAAUCGGCGAGAGCAAGAUCGACGAGCUUCUGAAGGCUGUCGAUGAGUGGAUCCCGACCCCCGAGCGCGACACCGAGAAGCCGUUCCUCAUGUCCGUUGAGGAUGUCUUCUCCAUUGGCGGCCGUGGUACCGUCGUUUCGGGUCGUGUCGAGCGGGGUCUCCUGAAGAAGGACUCCGAUGUCGAGCUCGUCGGUAAGGGCACCGAGAUCAUCAAGACCAAGGUCACCGAUAUCGAGACUUUCAAGAAGUCCUGCGAGGAGUCUAGAGCCGGCGACAACUCGGGUCUGCUGCUCCGUGGUAUCCGCCGCGAGGACGUCAGGCGUGGCAUGGUGGUCGCCAAGCCUGGCUCCGUGACCGCCCACAAGAAGUUCCUCCUCUCCCUGUACGCCCUCACCAAGGAAGAAGGUGGGCGCCACACCGGUUUCCACCAGAACUAUCGCCCUCAGAUGUUUAUCCGCUCCGCCGACGAGGCCUGCACGCUCAUGUUCCCCGAGGGCACCGAGCAUCCCGAAGCUAAGGUGGUUAUGCCCGGUGACAACGUCGAGAUGGUCGCCGAGAUCCACAACCCCAUCGCCAUCGAGGCUGGUAUGCGUGUGACUAUCCGUGAGGGUGGCCGGACUGUGGCCACCGGUCUCGUUACCCGGAUCAUCGAGUAG